AGUGAUGAAAAAAGUAAAAUAUUUAUAAGGAUUUUCUAAUAGAGAUAAUUUUAAUCUGCUCUUUGGAUAUAGGCAUAUUAUGUCGAAAUUUAUUGCAAUAUAGUGGUAGUUGAUGACUAAUCUGCAAUUUUCGAUAUUCAAUUUCAUGACGUCAGAGGCUUUAGGUUGCUUUUGAGUCGGCCAUUUUGACCCUUGGGGUUUGUGAAUCUGGUGUAAAAUAACUAAUAAUAUUGCAAGGAAUUGAUGUAAAUCGAAAUAUUAAUAUUUGCAGAUAUUGGCAUAAGUUUUUCACGUUUCCUGCCAAAUAAUAAUGGAAGAAAAGGCGUCUCUGAAAGAAUUAGACCAAUGGAUAGAACAGUUAAAUGAAUGCAAACAACUGACAGAAAGCCAAGUCAAAACUUUAUGUGAUAAGGCGAAGGAAAUCCUGGCCAAAGAGUCGAACGUGCAGGAGGUGAAAUGCCCGGUGACCGUGUGUGGGGACGUGCACGGCCAGUUCCACGACCUCAUGGAGCUGUUCCGGAUAGGCGGGCGUUCGCCCGACACAAACUACCUGUUCAUGGGCGACUACGUGGACCGCGGCUACUACUCCGUCGAGACCGUCACGCUCCUUGUCGCUCUUAAGGUGAGGUACAGAGAGAGAAUAACGAUCCUGAGGGGGAACCACGAGUCGCGACAGAUCACGCAGGUGUACGGCUUCUACGACGAGUGUCUGCGCAAGUACGGCAACGCCAACGUGUGGAAGUUCUUCACAGACCUGUUUGACUACCUGCCGCUGACCGCGCUGGUGGACGGGCAGAUAUUCUGCCUGCACGGGGGCCUGUCCCCCUCCAUCGACACCCUAGACCACAUCCGGGCCCUGGACCGCCUGCAGGAGGUGCCCCACGAGGGCCCCAUGUGCGACCUGCUGUGGUCGGACCCCGACGACAGAGGGGGCUGGGGCAUCUCGCCGCGCGGAGCCGGCUACACCUUCGGCCAGGACAUAUCCGAGACCUUCAACCACUCGAAUGGCCUGACCCUCGUCUCCAGAGCGCACCAGCUGGUCAUGGAAGGUUACAACUGGUGUCACGACAGGAACGUUGUCACCAUAUUCUCUGCCCCCAACUACUGCUACCGCUGUGGUAACCAGGCAGCCAUCAUGGAGCUGGACGAUGCCCUCAAGUAUUCAUUCCUGCAGUUCGACCCGGCCCCACGGCGCGGGGAGCCCCACGUCACCCGCCGGACGCCCGACUACUUCCUGUAAGCCACCGGCACCGCUGGCCCACACAGCCCCAGCACCCGUCGACCAGGGUCUGUUAGGAAGCCUUGCAACCACCCGUUACUGUCUGUAUCUCUGUGUAUAUUACUGAACUAGCGAUGGCCCGUCGCCGCGCGUCUCGCGAGCCUGUGGGGUGUGCAUUAUGAUGUAAAGGACAUAGCAAAUUACAAUGUAGGCAUUUUUGUGGCCUGAAUAAUUUUUCCUUCGAAUGUUUGAGUUCUGUGACUUGCGCUUCUGAUUUGUCUCCUGUGCGUGCUGUCCGGAUCACGGCUCUGGAAGCGAGCGAGUGGAGUAAAUACUGUAAUGAAUAGCUUUAUCCAAGCCUGUAUCAUAUGCUGCUGAGGUUGUUUUUAUUAAUAAGUGUCUAAAAAAAAAUAGUGGUGUCAACUCUUUCCUCAGUGUAAAAAAAAAAACUAUUUCUUUACAUCAUCACUUAGUUUUUAGAAUAUUUUUCAGUCUAACUUGUCUUAUAAAUAUUUUGUGCUGUAUGAAUAAGAAACUUCUACUUGGACCAUAAUAAAGCAUUUCCUUAAAAAACUUUCA